AUAGAGGUGAGUGGAUGACUUGAUAAUAAAUAAAUAAAUAAGUAAAUAUAUUAUGUUAACGAACUAUCUGUUAUGUUUAUGAAUGUGGUAUGGUUAUUAUAUCCACAUCAUAAUGCCUCCGCCGUACCUUGCAGUUAUUGUAUUCCAACGAUACUUCCGCGCAGUUGCUUAUCUGCCAUGGUGGAGGCUGUAAUGGUUGUUGCCAGGCUGUACCUCCGGGAGCGGCAGUUUGGUCUCGACUACAUGUGGGGUCGAGAAGAACUAUCUGCCAUGGUGAUGAGUGUAGUGGUUGUUGGCCUCCGGGGGCGGGAAGAACUAUAUUUCAUGAUAAUAGUUGUAGUGGCUUUUGGCGAACUGUGCCUACAGGGGCGGUAAGAACUAUUUUCUAUGGUGAUGACUGUAGUAAUUGUUGCAUCCUGGGGCGUCAAGAGCUAUCUGCCAUGAUGAUGGUUGUAGUGGUUGUUGGCAGGCUGUACCUCCGGGGGCGGCAGUUUAGUUUCGACUACAUGCAGGGGCGGCAAUAACUAUCUGCCAUGAUGAUGGUUGUUGAUGUCCGGAGGCGGCAAGAACUAUCUGCCUUAGUAAUGGUUGUAGGGUUGUUGGGCUCCGGGGGCGGCAAGAACUAUCUGCCAUGAUGAUGGUUGUAGUGGUUGUUGGCAGGCUGUGCCUCUGUGGGCGGCAGUUCGGUUUCGACGAAAUUUAGGGGCGGCAAUAACUAUCGGCCAUGGUGAUGGUUGUUGAUGUCCGGAGGCGCCAAGAACUAUCUACCAUGGUGAUGACUGUAGUAAUAGUUGGCCUCUGGGGGUGAUAAGAACAAUCU